GAAGAAAGGGUUCAAAGACCCCAGCCCACACCCCAAGCAACCACCAAAACGGCAGUCGGGCAGUCGGUUGCACAUCCGGGAGGCAGGUACCCCUGCCAGUAGUGUGGUCUUCCCCGGCUGCACGCACGCCUCCAUCUCUUGUUACACCCCACCUCCAACCCCCCCUGGGCUGCUGGACAGGCGGUCGCGUGUGUCCGUCCGUCGGUCCCUGAGCUCGGUAUUCGACACCAAGAUGCAGUCAACUGCACUGCACGCAGUCAGAGUGACGACGCCCCUUGCAAGUCCCGUCCCUCUGUUUCCCCUUCCUGCCUGCCUCCCUCGCUGCCUCGAUCCCUUUCAACAAACCACACCCUGCCAACUCACCAGCUCUUGCCCUUCCCCCAUUCAUUGCUUUGGUCCAGCUCGACACGCACACGUCUCCGCCCGCUUACACACAGUACCUUGCAUUGAUUGUUCUGCCGCCCCGCCCGCCGGCCCAAAGCCCAAGCCAGAACCAGAACCUGAACCUGAACCUGAGCCUGAGCCCAAGCCAGCCCCGGCCAGGGCGCACGAGACCCACUCCCAAGACGACAUGUAGCAAGUCUCCCUCUGCUCUGCCCUACAUACAUUACAGUCAACGCCCAACCUGCGACCCGUGUGCGCAUGGCAACAGCAUUUCUCGUGGCAUCACCCGACCUUCCAUCCAGACCGCCACCUCCCGAUGACCUCUGCUGUCCGCCCACCCGCCUUUAUAUUUGCACAGCAGUAGCCCACCUCCUACGCCCGCCAUCUCCCUGAUACUCUGCUGAGCAGGACUUGGUCAUUUUUCGCAUGGCCCACAUGCUGCCGUUGUAGCGACUACCACCCAAUUGCAACUCGCCAAUAUCCACCGCCAGCGCCGUCGUGCCCUGCCGUGCCCUGCCGUGCCCUGCCCUCUUACUGCCCUUGGCAACAAUGACGCGCUUACCCGCCGACGACUCGUUCUUUCCCUCGCCUGCUCUUGACACCGACCAUCUGCUGGCCUCCGCAUCAGGGACCCCCAGCGCUCAAGCCUCGUCCUCGGUCAUAUCGCCUCUGAGUCUGCCCGGUGCUGCUCACUACUUCGAUCAGAGUCGUCCGCUGCCAGGCCCAAAUCACCACUGCCCCCGGAUGACUGGAGAAACUUGUGGACCCCCUCAGGCGCAACCGCCCAAUUUUCUCUCGCCACACCUGACACCCAUCCCCUCCCACGCCCAGUAUCAGUUGCAGUUCCAGCGCCACCCCCAGCAGCGUGCAGCCAGCCUGUCCCCCACCAGGAGAUCCUUCGCUAGAGCGAGUACCAAGAUGGACGCCUCACGCUCUUCCGACGUCGAUCUGCCCCCCACGAGCGCACCGGGCGUCCCCGUGCCCGUGGAUACGAUUUCCGGUACUGGUUCUGGACUGAUCACCAUUCGGCGGCCGGCGGUACGGACGACAUCGGAAAACUCGUCCGCCGACUCGCAAUCCUUGUCUCUGGAGGCGAGGAUGCGACGGGCGUGGGAUGAGGAAAGAAGAGCACUGCAAGCAAAUCGCGACAGGGCGGAGGAGCUGUACCGUGACGCCAUAGAGGCGCUGCGGAGUGAGCAUGCGGCUGCGCAAACCAAGUGGGAGGCCGAGAGGUACCAGUUACAGACGCAGGUCACGCUGCUGCAAAACCGACUCAGGAAAUCCGAGGCGCGCUGGAACGAAGCGGCUCUUAGGGGUGGGGGUCUGGAUUCGCGGUCUAUCUCAUUCCAGGGCAGCUCAUCAUCACAACUAAGCCCCACAGGCCAGCCAGACUCGUUCUUCCACCACGACAACAACCCAGCGAAUCAAGCCAUCGCCAUGGAUCACGAGGCGCCCUCAAAAGUCAUCGACGUGCAGGAGUAUCACAAAGACCUGGAGGGAAUCCACCUUAAAGUGAACGCCGUCAAAAAGGCGACCUUCACCGACACGCCAUCCAGCAAUGGGUCAAAAACGUCGAGCGGCAACGGGUCGCCCUCUCACACACCGGAGGAGAAACGAGAGCUGGCAAGAGAGCGCUGCGCGCGUGCACUCAAGGCUGACCCGCUCUCAAGGCUCACGAUGAAUGCUGGGCACACUCCGACGGUGUCCAUGUCCUUUGUGAGCACCGGUGCGACCAACACAGUCACCAGCAGCGGGUCCAACACACCGACGCUCAUCAGCGGCGACGGGGCUAUAAGUUCUGAUGGCAACGAUGGCAACGAUGGUCUCGAGUCCAAGGAGCCUGCUGAGCCGGUGGGAACCGCUAUCGACGACGCCGACCACGACCCCGCCAUCAUGGAACCCUCAGAUGAGGAUCCCGAGCUGAAGGGCCCAUUGACGCUGCGCAACAUACCUGCCAAGGACGAGAUCUUCCUGCGGAAGCUAUCAGAUAAGCUCGAGAAGGUUGGCACCGGUGAGGACGCUACGCCAACCGUCCUCAAGGAUGCCGAGUGCGAGGGGGACGAGCCAAGUGCGCAAGCAGCACCUGUCGCCCUGGCCCCAGCAGAUGACAGCGAGGGCGAAGAAGCCGAGCCCGAAAUACCCCUCAAGCUCCGAGAGACGUCAAACUUCGGCAAGCCCCUCGGCUCGCUAUAAGACAGGCUCACGGUCCUGAGAGCUCCCUGUACAUAAUGUAAUCACGCAGCGACGGUAUGCCUAGCACGGUCGUUACAGUGCCGCAUCCCAUCUCUUUUGUCGUCUGGAGAUCAGGCUGCUGUCGCUCACUCGAGACUGAAAGCAAAAUUUCAUUUGUCUGUGGGCAAAAGGGGAAACUAGAACUGGUCCUAUGGCAUGGGACGAAUUGAUCCUUGUCAAGAGCGGACAAGGGCGUCGUCCCCCCGUGAUUGUGCGGGAGGAAAGGAGCAAUCAUGACGAUGGUCCUGAGCAGAUGGAUGGACCGACGGAUUAGAGACUUUGCACGGCUUUUUUGCACAAUACCCCAGGUACAACACCAAUGUUUGCAUACAUGACUUUGCCUUCUACUACCCAACUUCCUCGGCUCCCAAGACCACGCGGUGACAGAUUGUACAGUGCUUACGACCAGAUUCUCAAGAUUAUGGCCAUGCCAGGGUGUCACAAACAUAAACACGGUGAGAAGAUCCCUGCAAGAUCAUCGAGUAAGCCCAGCACGACAGCUCAGUUCUUGCGGGACGUUAUCCUGCAGGAUACCCUCUUGCGGGAUAAUACUCGGUAGAAGAGGCUAGUAUGCCACAAGGUCUCUGCUAUGAUGUGUUGUGAUUCAUGAAGGUUAAAUAGUGUAGCGCGCUGGCUUUGGCAGCCACGUCAACAAAGGGCGUCUACCAAGCCCAAAACUGGGAUUUUUCAUAUGAUUCGCUCCAAGGCCGUCGUAAACACAAUGCUGAAACCAAAAUGCGCCCUGCCGGUCCCACCCACAAGCCCCAUUGUAGAACUAAAGUCAUAGCGCCAACUCAAAAAGCUGCUGUCCCGCGUAUCUUUGCUCGCACAUUCAGUCGCUGGAUACCACACACACACAUCCACACGUAGAUAGAUAGCAUUUAUCAGUCCGCGCCCGCUCUUUGUCACAUGUCGGGG